AUGUCUGGACGCGGCAAGGGCGGCAAGGGCCUCGGCAAGGGUGGCGCCAAGCGCCACCGCAAGGUGCUGCGCGACAACAUCCAGGGCAUCACCAAGCCCGCCAUCCGCCGCCUGGCCCGCAGGGGCGGUGUCAAGCGCAUCAGCGGCCUCAUCUACGAGGAGACCCGUGGCGUGCUCAAGGUGUUCCUUGAAAACGUGGUGCGCGACGCCGUGACCUACACCGAGCACGCGCGCCGCAAGACCGUGACGGCCAUGGACGUCGUCUACGCGCUCAAGCGUCAGGGCCGCACCCUCUACGGCUUCGGUGGUUAA